AUGAUAUAUACUGCAGAACAGAUUAGACAUAAAAAGAAAUUGAAGAAAGGAAUCAAUUUCAAUUUGUUGGUUGUAGGAGUGAAUGAUUUAGGGAAGAAAACGUUUAUCAAUACAUUAAUCAAUCAACCUUAUUAUCAAAUCAAUCAACCAAUUCCAAACACAUCACAAUCAAGUAUAGCAGGAACAAGCAGUAGUAAAUCUUUUCAGGAUUCUUCCAAUAAUAAUGAAUUAUCAAUUGAAACUAAUUCAUUUGAAUGUUGUCCAGGAUCAAUACCAGUUAAACUUAAAAUAUCAGUUACUCAUAAUUUUGGAUUUAAUGUUCAUGAUGAUUCUCAUGGGCAUACUUUAUUAUCAUUUAUUGAAAAUAAACAUCGAGCAAUCUUGCAUGAAGAAUUGAAAAUUAGUCGCAAUCCAAAUUUACAAGAUAAUAGACUUCAUCUUGGAUUGUAUUUUAUUAGUGCAAAUGUGAAAGGAUUAUCAAAAUUUGAUAUAUCCAUGAUGACAACAAUAUGUCAUCGUAUUAAUUUGUUACCAAUAAUUGCUCAACGAGACGGGCUAACUGAUACCGAAUUGAGUCAAUGUAAACAUGCAAUAACUAGAGAUAUACAAGAGAAUAAUAUUCAGAUAUUCAAUUUUCUAUCCAAACUGAAUGAUGACGAUCAUAAACGAGAUGGGGAUUUUGAAGAAUACAUGACUUUAUCAGCUAAGGAAUAUGACUAUCUUAGUGAAUUGAAUAAAUUAAUUCCUUUUGCAGUUAUUGGAUCGAAUUCAAUUGGUGAAUUACAAAAUGAGAUUGUUCGAAAUACUAAAUGGGGCGCAAUCCGUAUUGAAGAUAAGAAUAUUUGUGAUUUCAAACUUUUGAAAAACGUAAUAUUUGAAACUCAUCUACAAGAAUUUAAAGAUGUGACUGUCGAAAAGAUAUACGAAAAGUUUAGACUUCAACAAUUGAUAAGAAAUUAA